AACUUGCCCACCGAGCUGGCUAGCGGAAGGGACUCGGGAAUUCUGUUGUCGGUGACGCAAGUCCGUCCGUGGUUGGAAACGGGACUGGACGACGCAUUAUUGAGGCGGCGAGCCACUGAUAGAGCGUCUACAUGCUACACAUGUGGAAAGUCAGGGAAAUGGUGGAUAAAGCCACUAACGUGGUGAUGAACUACUCUGAUAUCGAGUCCAAGGUGCGAGAGGUCACCAACGAUGACCCCUGGGGUCCCUCUGGACAGCUCAUGGGUGAGAUCGCCAAAUCCACGUUCAUGUACGAGCAGUUCCCUGAGGUCAUGAACAUGCUGUGGACCAGAAUGCUGAGGGACAAUAAGAAGAACUGGAGAAGAGUUUACAAGGCCUUACUACUAUUGGCAUAUCUCAUCAGGAACGGAUCAGAGCGAGUUGUCACCAGCGCGAGGGAACACAUCUACGACCUUCGCUCCUUAGAAAACUACCAUUUUGUUGACGAGAAUGGGAAGGACCAGGGCGUCAACGUGCGUCAGAAGGUGAAGGAGAUGGUGGAGUUUGUUCAGGAUGACGACCGGCUCCGGGAGGAGAGGAAGAAGGCCAAGAAAAACAAGGACAAGUAUAUAGGCGUGUCCUCAGACAGCACUGGAGGAGGAGGAUUCAACAAGACCAGCUCGGGGGAAAUGUUUGACUCCGAGCCCAAGGGGAAGUGGGAUGAGGACUGGGACAAGAGCAAAGGAGCCUUCCCCUUCAGUGAGAAGCUGGGAGAAAUCAGCGACAAGAUCGGCAGCACCAUCGACAACACUAUCAACAAGUUCCGUAAGAAUGAGAGGGAUGACUCGCCCGACAGAAUCAGUGACAACGAGGAGGACAGGGUAUCGCAGAACGGCCGGCCGGUGUCGGAGUCAGGGAAGCUGUCGGAGUUCAGAGAUGAGGAGGAGACUGUUACGACCACGAGCAUCCAGAUCAGCCAUGCAACGGAGACCACCACCACACGCAAACGUGGCGGCAUCCGCUCCAAGACCGUGGACCUAGGGGCCGCUGCUCACUACACAGGGGACAGGGGCAGGCUGGACGCAGACAACAGAAAGACGUCUGCUAGCCAGUCUUCAAGCAGUGGCCUUGCAGACCUUCUUAUGGUGGACGCUGAGUCCAGUCAGACUGCACCAGCAGGUGGAAGUUCAGACCUCAUCUGUGAUUUUGCUGACUUCUCCUCCCCAGCUGCCUCAGCCAGUCUCCCUUCAUCAGCCGGGUCAGGGUCCAGUGGGAAGGGUGAGUUUGGGGAUUGGAAUGCGUUCUCCAGUCCGUCAGCCCACACCCCACCCUCAGCUGACUUAUUUGACCUGAUUGGCUCCAAUCACACCUCCCUCACCGCCUCCCAAAGCAUGACCUUCUCCAUGUGUGGUACCCAGAGUGUGGGUGUCGCCAACACCGACCUGCCCAUCUCCAGAUCACAGAACUUUGGACCAAUGCAAGGGGACUUAUUGCCCCAGCACAUGGAGCUCCAGAAGCCUUGCCUCCCCCCCACAUGGUCAGACCCCAGCGUCAACAUCAGCCUGGACUUCCUGUCUCCUGGUAUGCAGAUGACCACCUGCAAGCCCAGCCUCAACAACAUGUUACAGCAAGAUCCCCUGCUUUCAGGAGUCCAGCCGCCCAUCAACCUGACUCAGAGGUUUGGAGGCCUGAAUCUGAACAUCCAGGCCACAGCCACACCCAUCAGACUUUCCACCAACCCCAUGAUGCCCGCCAGUGCCAUGGGCCUAGGCAUGCCUCCCACCAUGGCAACGGGUACCAUGGGGAUGGGCGCCAUGCGAAUGGGAGGAGUGCCUGUCAAUCAGGGAAUUAUGGGAGUGAACAUGGUUGUGGGCACCCUGGGUAUGCCAGGGAUGGGCAUAGGGCAGCCCAUGGUCAACCCUGCCAUGGUGCAACCCAAACAAGAUGCCUUCGUGAACUUUGGCAACUUCUGGAAAUGAAAUGAAUGAAAGAGCUGAAGGAUUUGUGUGGAAGAGUUUUGUUCAGAACAUUAUGAACGGAAAGCUGCAUACGCGGACUACUUGAGAAAUAUCUAAUGGCGUUUCCCUUCAAUCCAUUCUCUUUAUAUACACUGAGUGUACAAAACAUUAGGAACACCGUCCUAAUAUUGACUUGCGCUCCCUUCUGCCCUCAGAACAGCCUCAGUUCAUCGGGGCAUGGACUCUAUAAGGUGUCGAAAGCUUUC